CGAAACAACACUGACGGACUGGAAGAGAAAACCAGGAACUGACUUUCUGCUGUGAGCGAUGGAGGAAAAGGCUGCUAGUGAUAACCCUCAAAAAACAUUUACGUGCCAGUUGUGCAGUUUAACUAGCCCCUUUACUUACUACGGACAGAAACCGCCUAACACCAGAGCUAUCGUGCUGCUUGAGGAGUGUUUUAUCACCAAGGACCCCUUCAGUCCGGACAGGGAGAAGUUUCUAGUUUUGGGGUCCAUUUGCAGCCUUUGUGGCACUUGUGUCUGUGUUGGAUCGGACUGCAGCCUUUUCUACACCAAGAGGUUCUGCGUGCCAUGUGUGAACAAGCACUUGGACCAGUUUCCCCAUCAAAUUCAGGUCGAGCUGGCUAAGAAGAAGCAGAGUGCAAAGGCUGCAGUGUCAUGAGAUCGGGAAAGGAGUCCACAACACGUGUGUGUAAAGAUGACCACGCUGGACCAACCAGGAAAACAGUGGUUUACACUGUGAAUCAGACUGAUCGACUUUCCUGCUGGAUGUUAUUUAUUUAUCUUAAAAGAGAUCGAUAAGGGUGACAUCUUAUUAGGUUGAUGGGCCUUCCCAGCCAGUUGCUUGUGGAGGCCAGUUUGGCAACUAUUCUGGGAAAGAAUGUGAACUAUAUGCACUGUGCGAUUCCACAAACAAGUAUAGCUACCAUGUAACUGUUUUAGUGGCAGAAUGUGGCACAGUUGCAUCAUCCCCUAUUAGUUACAUUUAGCUGUUGCGUUAAGCAUUUACUCCCAUUUUAUUUUAUUUUAUUUUUUUACUUGAAGCAUACACAGCAUUGAAUCCGCAUCUCUGCUUCCAUCUGCAUAAACUUGAGCAGUGUCUGUGAAGCACCAUUAAAAUAAAAACAUCGCCUUUUGCAUCGGCUGUCUGACUUUUUCACUUAUUAUUCCAGUUUACCUGUCCUGAGUCCAACGUUCACUUCAAGGAUUGUUCCCUACAGCACCACGCACCGUUUACAGCAGCAUAAACACAUUAUGGAUUAAACAGCGAUAACAUCGAUAUAACG